CAUCAACUGAAACUUAGUGCAGUGUUCAGAAAUGGAGUAGUUAAAGAACUUUUGAUGCUAAAGAAGCAUGUCCAGGGGUAUGGAGCACAUCCUCCCACAAUAUACCUAUAUAUGACAUCGACACAGAGAUGGUUGAAUCCAUCAAUAUCGAACUUUUUAAGUACGGCGCUCUUGGGAAAUUUGGAAGUAAAACCUUAGUUGGAAGCGGCAGAGUAACUUGUAGAGAAUUAUUGCAGGAUUGUAAAAGACUUUCAUCAGAAGUGUCUUCAACUGUGCGUUUAUCUAACGGAGAAUCCAUUGAUCUUCAUCACACGAUCAAGAUUACAGAAUCCAGAGACUGUGUUUUGAAGGUGGAAGCAGGAAACUUUGAGAUGACAUUAAUUCCGGAACACAACGAAGUCCUCUGGGGACCUAUGCCUCUACCUCGCCUUCCUGAAGGAGUGGACAACAGUUGUUCUGUGGCAAAUCACAGAAUACGAAACGCAGACGGAGAAGUGAUGUUCACAGCACGCGUAAUACACAGUUCGUCACUGAUGACGUCAGUGGUUCACGUGUACUAUCACGAUAAGUUGAGUGUCGUCUGCCAUUUGAUAGGUUCUGACACUCUGCCAACUCCAUCUCAGGUUCAGUCCUCUGUGGAGAAUCCCCCAAUUUCUCUCUCACCACAAGAUGGUGAACAAGCAAUGAUAAUAAAGAAUAAUGAAGGUGACUGGGCUAUAUUAGUUGGACGAUGGACAGGUGUCAGGAAAGGUGUUCCAGGAGUAAAAGCCACCAAACAUAAGGCAGGUAGAGCACAUAAAGGAAGUCCAGGACACUUAGAGGUCACAUUAUUUAGAUUGCCUACAUACUUUGUCAACCAUCCGAAAAUGAUGAUGAGGCGAUUUUGGGAACUUAUGACAUUGAUCAAAGUGAAUAUAGUGAUGGAUAUUUUGAACAAGAAAGUGGUGGAGGCUGGGGUAUAUCUGGAUGGGGAGGAGAAAAUGGAGACGGUGAUGGAGGGGGAGGGGAUGGGGGAGGUGGAGGGUGUGGUGGGGGAUGUGGAGGUUGUGGAAGUUGAGUCUGACGUCAGGUUAAUUGCUGCAGAAGAAUUGAAACACUGCUCAAGAUUGACAGUGAUUCUGUAA